CACUUGCCUCUUGACAAGUCGCCUCCUGUAAUGGUGGGCACUACCUUCAAGGCAACAGGGGCAGACCUGCACAAAGAAAACCAACAGCUCCACUACCUUGGAAUCCAGACCAUGGAACUGUCAGACAGUGACCGUCCAGUCAGCUUCAGCUCCACAUCAUCUUCUGCAUCCUCCAGGGAUAGUCACUGUUCCUUUGGUAGCAGGACAACCUUGGUCUCAAACAAUCAUCUGGGUUUAUUCAACCACGCUAAGGAAGCAGGAGCUAUAAGACUAGAGCUGAGUCCAGCCCAUCGAUUUUCCAGCAAGGAACUACAAAAAAAUAAUCCUGUAGAGCAACAGACCUCUGAGGGAAGUCUGGGAAGAAGACCCAAUAUGCCACGGAAGGUGGAAUCAAAGGAAACUAGCAAAAACUGUGUCAUGUCCCUGAUCACAGAGCCCACAAGUCCAAAACUCUUGUAUGUGGACAGAGUGGUCCAAGAAAUCCUGGACACAGAGAGGACAUAUGUCCAGGAUUUGAAAAGCAUUGUGAAGGAUUACCUUGAUUGUAUCACUGACCAAUCCAAGCUCUCCUUGGGGCCAGAAGAACGAUCAGCUUUGUUUGGAAACAUAAAAGAUAUCUAUCAUUUCAAUAGUGAACUUUUGCAAGACUUGGAAAACUGUGAAAAUGACCCUGUGGCUAUAGCAGAAUGUUUUGUUUCUAAGAGUGAAGAUUUUCACAUAUAUACACAGUAUUGCACCAAUUAUCCAAGGUCAGUAGCUGUACUAACAGAAUGCAUGAGGAACAAAUCUCUAGCAAAGUUUUUCAGAGAACAGCAAGAAGCUUUACAACAUUCUCUACCUUUGGGAUCAUAUCUGUUAAAACCUGUCCAGCGAAUACUCAAAUAUCACCUACUUCUGCACGAAAUAGAAAACCACCUUGACAAGGACACUGAAGGUUAUGAUGUGGUACUCGAUGCCAUAGAUACGAUGCAGAGAGUGGCAUGGCAUAUUAAUGAUAUGAAGAGGAAACAUGAACAUGCCAUCAGGCUGCAAGAAAUACAAAGUUUACUCACUAACUGGAAAGGACCAGAUCUUACAAGCUAUGGAGAGCUGGUUUUAGAAGGAACAUUUCGUAUCCAGGGAGCGAAAAAUGAGCGAACGCUGUUCCUCUUUGACAAACUGCUGCUUAUUACAAAGAAGCGGGAAGAGAUGUUUACCUACAAAGCACAUAUCUUGUGUGGUAACCUCAUGCUAGUGGAAGUGAUACCAAAGGAACCUCUUAGCUUCAGUGUCUUCCACUACAAAAAUCCUAAGAUGCAGCACACAGUUCAGGCUAAAUCACAGCAAGAUAAACGCCUUUGGAUUCUUCACUUGAAGAGAUUAAUUCUAGAAAAUCACCCUGCCAAAAUUCCAGCUAAGGCCAAGCAAGCAAUUCUCGAGAUGGAUGCUACCUAUCACCCAGGAUUCCAUUAUAGCCCUGAAGGAGAAAUGAAAGCAUUGAGUAAUUCUAAAGAAGGAAUCACCCCACAAAGGGUGAGAAGGAAGUCAGAGCCCUCAUCCAGAGUCCAUAAAAUUAUAAAGCCAAAUGAAAUGGAUCCCGACAUACAAAAGCGGAUCAGUAUUGAAGGAGCCCUCCUGUCCCAGGCUGAAGCUCUUCUCAGUCCCAGGAAAAGGCUUUCAUUGAAUCACAAAGGACUCAAGUCCUGUGAAGAAAUCUACAAUAGUGACCGAGAAGAUAAUAUUCUUGCUGGCGUUACAGAUCAGACAGAUGCUGAUGAUGAGGAUGAAACUGAACAGAGUACACAACAAAACUCACAACAGAAAUCAAAAGUGGGGCGGAAAAGGCUAAACAGUCAAGUUGUUGAAAAUGUUGAAAAACGAAGAAGUGUUAAUCUCAGCAAAUGUGCAAUUCAGAACUUGCAAGAUUCUGCAGUUGAAGAAUCCUCCCAGGUGAACACCAGCCUUCCAUUUUCCACCGGAGGAGGCAGUCACACAUCUAGAGAGUUCAUACCACAAAACAGCUCAUUUAUGAUGAAUAUAUUGGGAAGAACAGCAGCUGUAAGAAAUAUCUGGACAGACCAUCAGAUUCGGCAAGCCUUGUUCCCUAGCAGACGCCUUACUCAAGAGACGGUAGAGGAUGAAGAUGAUUAUCAGAUGUUUGUACCAUCCAUAUCUGCAUCCAAUUUAGCUCCAGUUGCAUGUGAAGAGAGAGUCCCUUCAACUCGUCCUUGCAGUUGGCAUGUAGGACUAGCUCAUCAGAGUGAAGCCUCCAGCUCUAACUCUCACAGAAUUGUGAGGCGGGCUAGCAGUGCUGGUGAAAGGAGAACCUCUCCAUGUGCCACAAGAUAUAGAAAAAAUGACCUUAGCCAAAAUGUUUCUUGGAGUGAAAUAAAGCAUUCCAGGUCUGACAUGGACAAUCUACAGGUUUACCCAGAAUCUUCAGAAGAACUGACAAUUGAUGAUGUAGAUCACGUCUAUGACAAUAUAAGUUUUGAAGAUUUGAAACUAAUGGGUCUGGUUCGGAGGGAAGAAUCUGAUCACACUCCACAAGGAUCAGCUAGAGACUCUCUUUAUGAGACCCAAGACCAAGAAGUUGCCUUCAAGAAAAGACAGCCCACUUACAGCAGGACCACCAUUCCUCCUAACAGAAAGGAAGCCUUGGGGAGAAGCUCCCCAUCUGUAAGCUCUCAUGAUCUAAGGAUAAGUGAGGAGAACAUCUAUGAUACCAUCCUGCUCCCAGAACAAUCAUUGCUUAAUUUCAAAUGUGACCAUCUUAAGUGUUCCAAACACAGGAGUUUUCUGGGCCUUGAAACAGAUUUUGUAUGUUGUGACCAUCUCCGACAAUUUGUUUCUGAAGAGUCUCUCCAGUUCAGUGAGGAUGAAAGCCCGUAUCAUUAUGUUCCAUUAGAUCAUGACUAUCUGAAUUUACUGGAUAGCUCCUCAAAUUCUGACUCUCUAUCACAUAAAUCUGCUGCAGAUAAGCUAUCAGAGGAGGUAGAUGAAAUCUGGAAUGAUCUGGAGAACUACAUCAAGAAGAAUGAAGAAAAGACACGAGACCAUGUUCUUGCAGCUUUUCCUGUCUCUAAAGAUGACAUAGAUAAUACACAUACUGGAACUACUUGUGAAUUAAACGAAGAUGGAGAAUACUCAUUAUCUACUCUCUCACUGCCAGAAACACCUGCUUUCCCCCAAACUCCAUCCAACAGAGUAGCCAGAUUAAGUGAAACCAACCUUAGGUUUGAAGAGCCAGCAUCAUGUAAAUCAAAUUCACUGUUAAGUCUUAACAGAUCUUCCUUCUCCAAUGAGGUAGCUUUUGUAAAUGGCCUCAGUGAAUCUGCCCAUCGCAUUCUAUGCAACACAAAUACAGAAUGUGGGGACAGUGAAUUGGAUGCUGUGGAUAAAACAAAGAACCGGGUCUUCAUGAUGGCAAGACAGUAUAGUCAAAAAAUUAAGAAAGCAAAUCAGCUUUUGAAAGUAAAAAGUCCAGAGCAAGAACAACUUUUGAGCCGGCAACAGAAAUUGAGGCACAAGGACUUAGCAGCCAUUUUGGAAGAAAAGAAACAAGGUGGUCCUGCCAUUGGUGCCAGAAUUGCUGAAUACUCUCAACUCUAUGAUCAGAUUAUUUUUAGGGAAACCUCACCCAAAACACACAAAGUCCCUUCUCAGGAAACAUCAAAUGUAAGAUAUUCCUCACCAGUAUCAACAUCUCAAUUAGCUGCUGAGUGUCUGAGAGCAGAGGAUUGGAUUUUGCACUCAGCUUACAGUAAUGGAGAACUCUCUGAUUUCUCUGCCUGGCCAGAAGGCACACCACCCCUGAAGUCUAAAAGCUCUCCUUCAGAGAUGAGUUCAAAACAGAUCAUGAGACAGUUGCCAACAGCCUGCUCAGUGCCUUCCCUUCAGACUCCUCCCCAUAGAUGGAGCGCCAUCAUAAGUCAGCCCAACAAAGAGAACUUGCACCACAGCCAUGUUUACAACUCUUUGGAGAGAAAAGAAAGCAAUGAAAAGGCACAAACAUACAUUCGGUCACAAUUGUCAUCCUCAGUUGGAGUCAUCAGGUCUAGAGAACCAAUGAAUUAUCCACAUGAAAAGGAUAAGAAGCAUUUGUAUUCGAGUAGGAACUUUAUCUGUGACCAGUAUCAAGAAUCUGUGCCCACAGUCUCUCCGGGACCUGCAGAGUGUGGUGAGACAAGGCAGAUGCCCGAGAGCUGCUCAGAGAUGAUUCUGCAAGACUCUCAAAAAGUCCUUAGAGUUAACAGACACUCGCUCUCAAAUGCGCAAAUAGCAACCCAGAACUAUUUUUCAAAUUUCAAAGAUACUGAAGGAGAUGGGGAUGAGGAUGAUGACUAUGUUGAAAUAAAAUCUGAAGAUGAGGGGUCUGAUUUUGAGGCUUCCCACGGCCAUCCAAAGCUCUUAGAUCCAAAGAUAAAUGCACAGUCUACCCCUUCAGAAGCUCAUGGUGGCAGAAAUAUGACCAAACCGCCAGACUCUUACCUGACCACAUAUAGUGAGUCAGAUAAACUGAAUGACUAUCUGUGGAGAGUUCCAUCUCCAAAUCAGCAGAAUAUUGUCCAGUCAUUACGGGAAAAAUUUCAGUGUCUUAGCUCAAGUAGCUUUGCUUGAUAUUUUCUGAAACUUCUAAUGAUGCUGUCUUAAUUUUGAUUUAUAGGAGAAUAGCCAGUACUGGCAGCAUAUAAUGGAGUAGGGUAGGUCUGCUUCAGAAUAUACAAGCCCCAUUUGCUGAGAUAAUGGAAGUGCUCUGGUUAGUGUCUCAUAUACAUGACAGGAAGGAUUCUGGAUUCCUCUUUCUUGCAUCCACUUUUACCAUUUCUCCUUCUAUUUAAAUUUUGGCAGUGUGGAUGAGAGCAAGUCAGAUAGGUCAGAAUCUGGAAUGCUGGGGAAAUAGCACUAAUUCUGAAACAGCGGGGGGGGGGGGGCGGGAAAGCGUGUCAUAUGCUGCAUAUUUUUUCAGUGGUGUAUCUAUCAUUAUACUAGUUGUAUAUAAAAU